AUGUCGCUGCCCGGUGAAGCACUGCCCACGAGCGGCUCUCCGAACCGCGAGGUCACCAGUGCUGUCAAGUCAAGAGAGCAGGUGACUACUACGCCUGCCAGCUCCCGGAAGAAGGGAAAGGCAUCUGAACAUAAAGAUCAGCUCUCCCGGCUGAAGGACAAAGAUCCUGAGUUUUAUAAGUUUUUGGAGGAAAACGAUCGCACACUGCUGAAUUUUGAUGCUUCAGACACUUCUGAUGAGGAGGAGGGGGUGCACAUACCACCUGAUACACUGGAGGAAGCAAGUGAUGAAGAUGAUGAUGAAGAACAGGAAACAGUCAAACGGAAAAGAGUUUCUUUCAUCCAUGUGAGCUUGAAGAUGGUUGAAGAAUGGAAAAAAGCUGCAGAGGGAAGGCUAACGCCAAAACUUUUCCAUGAAAUCACUCAAGCCUUUAAAGCAUGUGUGGCAACCACCAAAGGAGAUAGUGGUGGGGCUGAUCCCAGCAAGUUUCAAGUCACUGAUGCAGCAGUGUUCAAUGCCCUUGUGUCCUUCUGUGUCCGGGACCUCUUCUGCUGCCUGCAGAAGCUGCUUCUUCUGAAACCCCCAAAGAACAAACUAAAAAUGGUCCUUCCUUCUACCAGCCCACUUUGGAGCAAGCUGCGACUGGACGUAAAAGUGUACCUCAGCUGUACCAUACAACUCCUGUCUUGUUUAACAGAAGCCUCAGUCGGUGCAGCAGUCCUUCAGCAUGUCGUUUCCACAGUGCCUUAUUAUUUGUCCUUUCCAAAGCAGUGCCGUGUACUCCUCAAGCAAGCAAUUAAUUUGUGGAGCACAGGUGAGGAAACAGUGAGAGUACUGGCCUUCCUGGUGCUGAAUAAGAUCUGCCGCCACAAGAAAGAAGUGUACCUAAGUCCCUUGCUCAAGCAAAUGUACAUUGCGUUUGUGAAGAAUUCCAGAUUCACCUCUCCCAAUGUCCUGCCCAUGAUCAACUUCAUGCAGCGCACACUGGCAGAGAUGUAUGCUGUGGACACACACAUCUCUUACCAGCAUGCCUUCAUCUAUAUCCGUCAGCUUGCCAUUCACUUGCGCAGUGCAAUGACGAUAAAGAAGAAGGAGAACUUCCAGUCAGUUUAUAACUGGCAGUAUAUCCACUGCCUGUAUUUCUGGUGUCGGGUUCUCAGCACAAUCUAUCCCAGUGAGGUCAUGGAGCCGUUGAUCUAUCCUUUGACGCAGGUCAUCAUUGGCUGUAUAAAGCUGGUACCAACGGCUCGUUUCUACCCUCUGCGCAUGCACUGCAUCCGUGCACUUACGCUGUUGUCUGAGAACACCAGGACCUUCAUCCCAGUGUUGCCAUUUAUCCUGGAGGUUUUCCAGCAAGUGGAUUUCAACAAGAAGCCAGGACGUAUGAGUGCUAAGCCUAUAAACUUCGCAGUCAUCUUGAAGCUUUCCAGUGCCAACCUGCAGGAGAAGGCCUUCCGAGAUGGACUCAUUGAGCAGCUCUAUGACCUGAUGCUGGAGUAUCUCCAUUGCCAAGCCUGCAGCAUUGGAUUCCCAGAGUUGGUUCUCCCCACUGUCAUUCAGCUAAAAUCUUUCCUGAAGGAAUGCAAGAUUGCCAACUACUGCAAGCCUAUCCAGCAGCUCCUGGAGAAACUGCAGGAAAAUUCUGCCUACGUCGCCAGCAGGCGUCAGAAAGCCACCUUCGGCGUGGCCAACAGGGAGUCUGUGGAGCAAUGGGAGAAGCAGGUCAAAGAGGAGGGGACACCUCUGACCAAGUAUUAUGCUCAGUGGAAGAAGCUAAGAGAGAAGGAGAUACAACUGGAAAUCAGCGGCAAAGAAAGACUUGAAGACUUGAACUUCCCAGAAAUUAAGCGUAAGAAGCAAGAUCAAAGCAAGGAGGAAGAUAAGAAGGAAUUCAAGGACCUCUUCGAGCUGGACACUGACUCUGAUGAGGAGAAUGUUGGGUUCCCUAUAAAAGGUAAAGCCAAAGCCAAGCAAGCGUCAGACGACAGUUCGGAAGCAAGCAGCGAGGACUACGGCGAGGACGAUGAUGAAGAAGAAGGAAAGUAUGAAAUCGAGGAGGACGAGGAAGAAUUGGAAGACGACAGUGACUCAGACAAGGAGGGCGAGGAAGCCACUCAGGUUCGCCGGGGCUCGCAGACGCAGAGGAGCAGCACUCGUGGGAUGUCACGCUCUGACCUCGAGCAGCUGGCCCAAGGAGAAGAGGAUGUCGUGGAGGACUUAACCUUCUCCGAUGACGACUGA